AUGGCAGGCCCUGUCAAGAAAAGUGAUUCAAAGCAAAAGGUUAGGCGCACGCUGGUAACUGUCGCGGAGUACGAAGCCGCGGUCGCACGACUCAGCGACACAGAGACACAAGCGUGGGUAUCAAUAAUGAAGGUCAGACUCCAGCAGCACAAGGACAAUCUCGAGACACACAAAUCAAAGCUUGCCGAGGAAGUUGUUACGAAAAUAAUGACGGAAGUCUACACUGAGCGUCUUUCCAGUCAUCAUGAAGUACUAGUCAUCUCCAUUACCGAUUUGGCACAAAUUGCUACCACAGAAACAAAGGCCUGGCAAGCCGCCGUCGACCGCCAGCUAAACGUCUGCCAAAUACAAGACACCCACAAAAGUCUAAAGCACGAACUUGAAGAGAUGGAGCAUGGGAAAGAACGAUUGCAAGCCGACUUCAAUAAAUCGACAGAAAACACGGGGGACGACGUUGGAGUGAAGGGUCUCACAACCGCCAUCGAAGACUACGUGCACAAGAUCCGCGCGUCUGAAACUGAGCUUUUAAACUCCUUCGAAGCCGCCUACCUAGCAACAGUCGCCAUGAACCGUGCCGUCAAAAGUGAUCUCGCUAUACCUGGUGUUGGAAAGUAUUUCCCCAUCCCUGCACCCGUCACGAUAACUGCCGCUCAAGUCAGCGUCAAAGACAUAGCCUCUAUCUUGGAAGCGAAAGGAACCGACAUCGAAGUGGACACUAUGUCCGGAACAGCAAUUCCUGCACCCAAAAGUGUGACAGCCGUCGUCAAAUUGGACCAGCAGUUUUCGAGUAUCCAGAUAUGCUCACCGCAGAAGAGUUUCCAAGACGUCGAACGCAUUAAGCGACGUAAAUUCGAAGUCGGCGACAUUGGCUGGUUCCCAGUCUUGCGCCCCUCUAUGGUCGAGUCUCCGUCUGACAUUCACACUGAGUUCGGGUACAUCUGCGCAAAGAACUAUCCACUGAUCAUAGUGGAGAAGCUUCGCGAUUGCAUGUUAGGCUUGCUCAUCAACACGUCAGGCGGAAAGGGCUUGAGCAAGAAGGGUCCUUCUGUCAUGAAUCGAAGCGUUCCCAUCGUCAAGUAUCCACUAAGAGAUUCUCCACCGUCUCUAUGGGGACACGAGCUAUACCCCAAACAAGUACUCAACGUACAGAUGUACAGCAACUACACCCCACCCACAGGCGCCUAUGUCGAUAUGCUCAACACCAUCAUGAUACCCUAUGACUCCAGGUUCCGAAGAGAAGGGACAAUAGUGGAUGCUGACAUUCUUCCUCUCCAGCAAAUGAGGCUUUCAGCGCUGCUGGCGACCUCUCAAGCUGGGCAUUUGGAAAAUAUGGUUGGAUUCUGUAAAUGGAUGUGGAGCUGGGGAUAUGAAUUCGGUGUCAUGCCUAGACUUGGGGAGCACUACCGCAGAUACUGUCAGGCUAAGGUAGAUAAUGAACAACAACAAAAAGAGAAGGCAGAGGCCAAGUCUCGAAAGAAGGCAGAGACCAAGGCUCAAAAGAAUGCAGAGGCCAAAGCGAAGAUCGAGGCUAAGGCACGGUCGGAGGCAAAGGAACGUGAGGAGGUGAAGGAGCGCGACGAGGCAAAGAAACGCGAAGAGGUGCAAGAACUUGAACGUGCGAUGCGACGCGAGCAAGCGAAAGAAAUCGAAGAGCUUAAGCAGACCAAGGCAACCUGGCAACGCAUGUUUGCUAUGGGACGCGAGGACGCAAAGAUACAAAUGGAUAGGAACGUGAGGGCGUUGACUCGCGGGCCCUCAUGGUGGCCAGCCUGGAGCUCCUAG